AUCGCAGGGCAAGGGUCUCUUCUGCCUCUGAGAUAUCCCACAAUCAAAUUCAACCAAGAGGUUCAGGGCUGAAGUUCCCAUAACCACGGCCUGCAGCUCCUGUGGAACCAAAUUAUGGAGAUUGGAAGACAGACUCCAAAGAUCAUACCACCAUUGUGUUUAGGAAGAUUCCACAUUUCUGAAGACUAUGGCUUUCUUCUUCCAAACCCUCUGAAAGAGCUUCCAGAUCAUUACAGGCCUUGGAUGGAAAUUGCCAGCAACCUCCCUCAGUUGAUUCAGAGUCAUCAGCUUCAUGCUCACGUGAACCAGAUGCCUCUCCUGGAUGUGCAGUUCCUACAGGGCUACAAGGAACAGCGCUUGGCCCACUUGGUUCUGAGCGCCAUUGCCAUGGGGUAUGUCUGGCAAGAAGGAGAGACACAGCCUAAAGAGGUACUACCGAGAAACCUUGCCCUUCCCCUUGUGGAAGUCUCCAGGACCUUGGGCCUGCCUCCUAUCCUGGUCCACGCGGACUUAGUCCUGGCGAACUGGACCAAAAGGAACCCAGAGGGACUCCUGGAAAUCAGCAACCUGGACACCAUCAUCGCCUUCCCGGGGGGCCAGAGCCUGGAGGGCUUCGUGCUGGUGACGGUGCUGGUGGAGAAGGCGGCGGCGCCCGGGAUUAAGGCUCUUGCUCAGGCCGUGAAUGCUCUCCUACAGUCCAACCAAGACGACCUGCUCCAUGCCCUGCAGCGACUGAGACUAUCCAUCCAGGGCAUCACUCGAGUUUUGGGACAAAUGCACGAUUACGUAGAUCCAGACAUAUUUUAUGCAGUCAUCCGGAUCUUUCUCUCUGGGUGGCAAGAUAACCCAGCCAUGCCCUCGGGACUCAUCUAUGAAGGGGUCUCCAGCAGUCCUCUGAAGUACUCUGGUGGGAGCGCAGCCCAGAGCUCAGUGCUCCACGCCCUGGACGAGUUCUUGGGCAUCCAGCAUAGCAAAGAAAGUGCUGCCUUUCUGUACAGAAUGAGAGACUACAUGCCUCCUUCCCACAAGGCCUUCAUUGAAGAAAUCUCCUCAGUUCCAUCACUGAGGGAGCUCGCCGAGAACUCCGGCCCGGGGCAGUGUCUGACAUCCUAUAACCAGUGUGUGGAAGCCUUGGCAGAGCUGCGGAGCUACCACAUUGCCAUGGUGACCAGAUACCUCAUCAUAGCUGCAAGUAAAGCCAGGAGCCAGAGGCCCAACCACCUUCCAGGCCCGCCAAAGGCUUUAGAAGCCAGGGGCACAGGGGGCACUUCUGUCCUGAGCUUCCUGAAGAGUGUCAGGGACAAGACCUUAGCCGCGAUCCUGAAGCCAAGUGGUGCAAUGCAGAGCCCACCCUAGAGUGUGGGAGGGGGCAGAGAGCGAGGGUCUGGGCUCUGUCUCCAGUACCCCCAAAGGGACAUCAGCCCUCUUGAUACUGUUGCUCAAAAGAGCAUCAGCUUCUUUAUGGCCGAAGAGCUGAGCUUCCUCCUGUGCUGCCCUCCUGGCUUGCUUGCUCACUAUCUAGCAGCAAACCACAGUGGACUUUGCCUGAAGAGGCAACAGGGAGCAAUGUAACAGAAACCAAAUAAAAUACCAUGGCAACGC